CUUUAGCUCUGCCACGGAUUACAGUGCGCAGUGUGUGGACAGACUGCGCCCCGCUGCGACCUGUUCGGCUUAGCUCUGUGUAUACUUUGCGCUGAAGCACUCUCGCAUAAAAAAAAAGGGGGAAAAAAACAAAAAAAAAAAACUAAAAACAGUAAAAUAAAAGUGAUGGGGGAAUGACAACCACCUCCGUCCCCGUCUGCGGCUCUCCGUCCCCGAGAAGAUCCCAAGGAUGCUGCUGCUGUGUAGCCCGCCGAGCGGACGCCUGCGCCGGGCCUCGCUGCUGCUGCUCGCCGCGGUCCUGUUCUGUGUCGUCCCUGUCAGUGCCAGCCUUCCAGCUGGCAGUAAGUGCUCCAAUAUAGACUGUGCCAGAGAGAGACGACAUCUCUGCAAGUCUGGCUCCUCCCACUGUGGCCCUUGCCGCUCCGGAUUGGAGGAGAACGAGGAAGGACGCUGCGUGGUGAGGCACCAUCAGCAUGGCAAAGUGACAUUCUACCCUGACCCUGAUGAAGAGAUCGAUUACAUUCACUCUGUCAUUGAAAAACAGGAAAUGAGAGAAGAGAUCCAACCACCAAAAAAGCAAAUUAAACAUCCUGCUGCCGUCACCUCCCAGACAGAUGUUAAAAAAAGCAAGACAGAUGCCUCCAAAAACAAACAGAAAAGCCUAAAUCUUCUCUCAGAGGGAAGCCAGCGUGCCACCACUACAGCCCCUCGCCCCGUAGUUUCUGCCCUCCCUAACACACCGACCCCCCAGCCCAGGGCCACAGGAGUUAAUGGCAGAGCUGGUCCGAUAGCUGUGCCAGCACCCAGGAAUGACACUAUUAUUGUCAUUAUAAUCUCACUGUGUGUGGUUGUGGGCACUGUGGCAGUGGUCCUGGCAACUGUCUGUUUCGUCAAGUUGCAGAAAGAAUCGCGUCUAGCUCAGAAGGUCGACUACCCUGCUUUUGGAGGUCCAGGCGUGUCUACUGCCACAGCCAAUGGUAACGGUACCUCGAUUGGAGAUAAGACUCUGGCUCAGAGUGCCCAAAUGUAUCACUACCAACAUCAGAAACAGCAGAUGCUCUCAGUGGGAAAUCACAAACCUGAACAGAAAGUCCCUGAAACCGAGGUCACAUCAGAUGAGGAAGAAGUGGGGGGAGACUUCACAGUAUACGAGUGCCCGGGACUUGCACCGACUGGAGAGAUGGAAGUGAAAAACCCUCUGUUUGAUGACUCGACUUUACAAUAUGAGGGGAAUCACAAGUGAACAUACAUACACACAAACCCAAACACACAGGCAUACAAGCCAUUUCUUCCGGAAGAAACCACUUGAUCUCACACUGCAUGCAUAGAAAUGGAGGAUCCUGUCAGGGGAAAUGAAGUGAUAAAAAUGAUUGUUUUCUUGCCCUUUACUAUAUCUGCCCAGUGUAAGGCUUUUAAUACUACAAAUGUUGGGUUCCUUGUUAACUGUCACUGUCUUUUAACAUAAGGUUUUCAGAAGCCUCCCAGAUCAUGUCCUUGUAGGUGUUUUGUCCCGUUUAAAUGUUAAACUCUAAGUUAAGAUUUUCUCUUUUUUCAUUUUUGUUACUUUCCUUCUGCAGCUAUUUCCAAAGAAUCUGAUACAACAGCAGACAUGUGUACAACACAAACACACACAUAAGCUGAGAAACAGGUGCCCUUCCUUGUUUUGUCAUGCAUAGCUAGUGGCUAAACCACAUUUCUACCAGACACACCAGAAAUAUUUAAAAUCAGAUCAUUGUGCUAACUCUAUCGAUACCCCAACACAACAGAAGGUUUCGCAUUAAAAAUGUUACCAUUGCUGUUGCUAAUUUUAUUUCUUGUCAUAUAAGCUACAUAUAAAGAUUUUAAGAUUAUAGAAUAUAAAUAUAUAUGGAAAUGAGGUACUUGGCUGUUUGCAUGGUUUGACUGUACUGUGUUUGAAUCAUGGCACUGCUUUGAUGAAUUGUACUGCCUCCGGUAUGUAUGCAUCUUGUUGCUGGAGAAGGGAAUGUACAGUAAAAGUGACUUCUGAGCACUUCUUUGGAGACAGACUAUACUGAUGGAUGUUUAGUUGGUAAAUAUCAAUAUCUUGUAUUGUCCCUCCUUCCUCUCUGCCCUCUUCUGUGCCCCCAAGUUAACUCUGUGCUGCAAAAUGUACAUACAAAGAGUGAAAGUGUUCACUUUUUAUAGAUAUUUGUACAUGCAGACCAAGGAUUGGAAUUAAAACUUUUUACCACACGUAAAAAA